AUGCAGUUUCCCCCGCGGUGGGAGUCGGGAGACCCUCGUGCGUGGGCAGGACAGGGUCGGGGGACGCGCAGGAUGAGCCCCUGGACCACGGGCACCUUCUUGCUGACAGUGUACACCAUCUUCUCGAAGGUGCACUCUGAUCGCGACGUGUAUCCAUCUGCUGGUGUCCUCUUCGUUCACGUUUUGGAGAGAGAGUCUUUUAAGGGAGAAUUUCCACCUUACCCCAAACCUGGAGAGAUUAGUAAUGAUCCCAUAACAUUUAACACAAAUUUAAUGGGUUAUCCAGACCGACCUGGAUGGCUUCGAUAUAUCCAAAGGACACCGUAUAGUGAUGGAGUCCUGUAUGGGUCUCCAACAGCUGAAAAUGUGGGGAAACCAACAAUCAUUGAGAUAACUGCCUACAAUAGGCGUACCUUUGAGACUGCAAGGCAUAAUCUGAUAAUUAAUAUAAUGUCAGCAGAAGAUUUCCCGUUACCAUAUCAAGCAGAGUUCUUCAUCAAGAAUAUGAACGUGGAAGAAAUGCUGGCCAGCGAGGUUCUCGGAGACUUCCUGGGGGCAGUGAAAAAUGUGUGGCAGCCGGAGCGUCUGAAUGCCAUCAACAUCACGUCGGCCCUGGACAGGGGCGGCAGGGUUCCGCUCCCUAUCAACGACAUGAAGGAGGGUGUGUAUGUCAUGGUUGGUGCAGAUGUCCCAUUUUCUUCUUGUUUACGGGAAGUGGAAAACCCACAGAACCAGUUGAGAUGCAGUCAAGAAAUGGAGCCUGUAAUCACCUGUGAUAAAAAAUUUCGUUCUCAAUUUUACAUUGACUGGUGCAAAAUUUCGCUGGUUGAUAAAACAAAGCAAGUGUCCACCUUUCAGGAAGUGAUUCGUGGAGAGGGGAUUUUACCUGAUGGUGGAGAGUACAAACCCCCUUCCGAUUCUUUGAAAAGCAGAGACUAUUACACGGAUUUCCUAAUUACAUUGGCUGUGCCCUCGGCAGUAGCACUGGUCCUUUUUCUAAUACUUGCUUAUAUCAUGUGCUGCCGACGGGAAGGCGUGGAAAAGAGAAACAUGCAAACACCAGACAUCCAACUGGUCCAUCAUAGUGCUAUUCAGAAAUCUACCAAAGAACUUCGUGACAUGUCCAAGAAUAGAGAGAUAGCCUGGCCCCUGUCAACGCUUCCUGUGUUCCACCCUGUGACAGGGGAAAUCAUACCUCCUCUCCACGCAGACAGCUAUGAGAGCACUAACAUGCCACUGAUGCAAACACAGCAGAACUUGCCACAUCAGACUCAGAUUCCCCAACAGCAGACUACAGGUAAAUGGUAUCCCUGA